UAGAAACGCGUAGAAUAGAAUUAUGAAUUUCCUGUCAGUUUCUUGCCAAUUGCAGCUGUCUUUUUAUCCGUUUUUUGAAAGCAGUAGCUCUUUGCAGAAACAUAGACACGGGCACAGUACAGCUACUAAAUAUUGAACCAUAUGCUAGAAAAAUGAGAUCUGGAAGAACAUUUAUUUCCUUCAUCAUACUUUUUUUUCAUUUCAUUGACGUGAUUUGGACUUGCAUAAACUUUACAACCGUCUCCACUUGUCCAAGAACGAGCUCCAGCUGGGAGGAAGCUGCGGACAAAAAGAAUUGUCGUGCUCUUGGUUGUGAUUCUACGAUGGAAUAUCAUUGCUUGCCAACAGAGAACUUUACAAUCCUAGUGGAAGUCUGUACAAAAACCAAAUUUCUCCAAGGUGUGUGCCCAUAUUACGAUUCGGUUGGAAAAUCUAUACAAAUGAGUGCCAAAUCAUGCCAAUCAGCGAAGAUUCCAUGCCCGGCAAGAUAUCCAUCAAAUACAACGUAUAUUUACACAAGCUGUUAUCCUUCAAUUUUCGUCACAGGAGGAGCAGAGAAAAGGACAGUGAGUGGAAUGCAUUUCUGGAAAACAAUCCUUCUGAUGAUACCAAUCUAUUUAUUAUAUAUUACUGGUUAUCAUGAUAUAUGAAUAUGAGGGUUGUCCCAAUAAGUCGUGGUCAAUAUAACUUUUUGACAUGCAACCAAUACUAAUAAAAUUUUGCAUAGACAUCAUUUAUUCAAUGUUCUUUUAAAUUAUGAAUUCUUAAAUAUAUAUCGUUCAUAUUAUUAAUAUUGGCGGGUUAUAUGAAGGCCGAUAUGGUCUGUCGGCGCACGAACAAAAUUCGGAAUAACUUACGCAUGUAACUAUUACAUUUGCUUUUAUUUUUUUUUGGGGGGGGGUACUAUGUCAAACAUUGAGCUCAAAUUUAAAUCAGUGAAACUAGAAUCAAAAUCUCAACAUUUCAAAUUUUCAUAUAAAUAGCAUUAGAAUCGAUCGAUUAGUGUCAUGAUUUUCAAAGUGUUGUUAGAAUUGAGUUUGAUGAAAAUGACGCCACCAAACGCGUAACAGGCGCGCGGAGAUGUAAUACAUUGUUUUGGAUAUUGUUUAGAUAUAUCGGAGACGGGAAGAAAGAGUACAGAAGUGACAUUACAUACUAUAGCUUCUUAUAGAGAAGUUGUUUUAAAAUGGUAUGAGUUUUAAUGAUAGUUUUUCCUCGAUAUCGAGAAUAGUUACCGCAUGGAAGAAGAAGAGUACUGUUUGUUAAACGCAGACGGUUGGGUACCUCGUGGACCAUGAUUGACAUAAAGUAUUCUAUGUUGCCUACAGUGUAAGAUGAACUUUCGACUAAUUUUCGACUGAAAUUUGAAUAUGCUAAAAAAAAUUACGGACAGUAGUGAAUUCAAAUAAGUCCAGACAAAAGUGGAUUUUCACUUUAAAAAAAUAUUGGAUGUUAACAGACGCGUGUGAAGCAGAAGUGGACAUCAUGACGUUAUAAGAGACGUAAAUUACGCUUGCUUUCGUGCGCUGAUAUACAAUUACAUGCUUUCGUAAUUUUUUUUUCAUAAAUUUUUUAUUAAAUGUUUUAUCAUCAUGAAACUUGAAAUCAUAAAAUGUUACAUAAAAUGUUACAUUUUGCUAUGGCAAAAAAAAAAAUUUAAUUUACCAAAGAGAAACUUAACUGUUCGCUCUGUCUAAGACUUUUUGGGACAACCCUCGUAUAUAAACUUUAAAGUGGUAUCACGGUGUGUGUUUUAAUAAAUCAAUUUUAGUGACGUUUUGAAAAGCUAACUUUGAAAUAUACUUUUAAUUUACUGUAAUUACUUUAAACAUCAGGAAACUUUAAUUAUUUAAUUACUUUGUUACUCUAAAUGUAUAAAUUUAUUAUUUGCAUAGAGGAAAAUAAA